AUGUUGCGAGUGUACGGCCUCCGCAAGCCUAUAAACGACAAAAACAAAGAGGUAAAAGCUGCGAAGGCCAUGGCCGCUUCUGACUCUGAUAAGGCUAUGUUUCAAAUAGCACAAAAUGAGGUCCUGACAACUGACAUUCUGUAUUAUCAGGCGUCGGCCACUUUGCGGGUCAAAAAGGAUUUAGAGGCGGCCAGGAAAAAGAUCUUGGAGCUGAAGCAGUCCGUUAAGGACCUCAAAGAGGAGAUGGCGCCUUUAAAGGAGGCGGACAAAGAGGCCGAGGGACUCCGCGAGCGGGUUAACAAGCUCAAUGGCCGCCUGGCCAGCCAAAAGGCGGACCUCUCCCAGCAAUUCUCUAAAAAGGCCGAGGAGGAGAAAACGGCUCUUGUCCAGGAUAUGAUGGAGGACAGCACCGCCAUUAUGAAGAUGACCUGGGUUGCUCUCUUCCCUGAUGCCGACUAUGAAAAAUGGGAUCGCCAAUUUGCCGCCUGCUCUGAUGAAUACAAUAAACAAAUCAUGGAGGAGGCAGGCGGCGAUGAGGACGCCGAGGGCGAGGAGUCCGACUCCACUGCUGGGGAGUCGGACCAGGAGGAGGCGACUGGUGAGGAGGGACCAGUGCAGGAUGGAGUGAUUGCUGAGAAGGAGCCGUCUCGGUCAAGGUCCAAAGGUCGGGAUCAGGCGGUUGUUGAUGCACAACCUCCUGCUUAG